AUGGAACGCAACAGCAGCACGGUGGAAGAUUUCUCCGUCAACGUGUUUUCCGUCACUCAUCAGCCAAACAGCUCCGAAAUCCCGGUGUCCGAUGACGAUAAAGCCGGUGCCACAUUGCUUUUCUCCGGUGUCUUUUUGGGAAUAGUAGGAAUUACCUUCACAGUGAUGGGAUGGGUGAAGUACGAAGGUGUCAUUCGCUUCGUAUGGACUCAGUUGCUUGGACCUAUUCUGCUUUCAGUAGGUGUGACUUUUUUGCUGAUUGCUGUGUGCAAAUUUAAAAUGGUGGCAUGCAAAUCUUGCAACCAAAGUGAAGAAAGGACAUCUGACCUAGACCCAAUUCCUAGAGGACAGUCCUUUGUUUUCACUGGAAUUCGCCAGCCUAUAACUUUCCAUGGGGCUACAGUGGUACAGUACAUUCCUUCUUAUCCAACCCAGGAAGCUGUCAGUGUGAAUUCUGCUCACGUCCAGCAAGGGCUCAGCCAUUCCAGACUUCCUCCAUCUUCUGGAUCAGUAAUUCCUGCUCCUAGCCCUCCUCAAUAUUAUAAUGUCAACCCCCCAGAUGCUUCUGUUUUUUCUGUAAGUGAGAAUCAUUCGGCUUAUCUUACAGUGGACACCAGAAGUGAAAGGUCAAGCGAACGUCUCGGGGAACCUGCUGAGAUGCUGGAUGAAGAUCUUUGCAAUGACCUCUCACCUCCACCUUACGAGAAAUUAUUCCCAUCAUCGUCCUAA